AUGCGGGGGUACCUUGAUGACUUUCUUUCCGUAGAAAAAAAUUGUUCACCAGGAUUCCAGCUCCUUGGUCAAAUCUUGGAGGCUCAAUGUGAUGUUCCUGGUGCAGUUGAGGCCUAUCGGCGAGCCUACGAACUGGAUCAUUCAAAUACACAACUCAUUUUGAAAGUCCGUGAUCUAGUUUUAAAACAUAACCUCCCACUGGAUGCUUGCAAAAAGUUUCCCAAUAUAGCGAAGAUUCUGUCGCCUUCCUUACCGCUUUCUAAAAGUAUUUAUCAGCACAUUGAAGCUACUAAGGAUCUGUCGAUAUCUCUGGAACAGCGUAUCUCACUCCUAAGAAAUUUCUCUUCUCGACAAGAGUACGAUGAGGCUUUUGAUUUAUGCGUGAAGACUAUUAACGAGGCUGUAUGUAUUGACAGAGCUGCAUGGUACAAUGCUGUACUGGACUUCAUUUCGAAAAAGGUAGAUUUGACUGUCCACUUUCUCAUUGAGUCUUGCCUUCACCGGGCAUCUGCCCUUGAGCUGACCGCCCCCUCCGGCGACCCUAUCCUCUCAACAGCAGUGUGGGAGCAUCUGUACAGUGAUGGGUUAUCACUAAGGUUGCAGUCAGUAAUACUGGCUAAGGAACCUAGCCACAGCCAGUCCUCUUGGAGCGUGGCAUUGCUUGAGGCCCUGAAUCAGGAUAGCCUACCCACGAGUGAAAAACUCAAAUUUGAAUUUCUUUUUGGGCUAGAUGAAUGUGUUGAGAACGAAGUCACUCAUGUGCACACUGCGGAGGAGCUGUACUCAAAAUUGCUCGAGUAUAGACCAGGUGAUCUAAGCACUAUCCUCUGGUACAUUCUGCGUCCCGUAGAGGGAGAAGUCACCUCAGACACUGAUCUGGCUCUUCCGGCAGCUCGUCUUAAAAUUAUCGUUGAUUCGGUUAAGCGGGUCUUUCCUAAAACGCCCCUGUCUUUGGAUAGACGUGACGUCUGCCAACUUGACGCAGUGGUAUUUUUAGUGUCCUUGUCUGUUUCUUAUUUGAUUCGGUAUGCAUCUUCGGACCCUUCAAUGCGUCAAGCCCAAGUGACAUCUUUGUCAUGGCCAUCCCAACCACUCUGCCUCCUAAACAGUCGUCUCUUACCAAGUGGUGUGCAGCGUCGUUGUUGGAAUGAUUUAUGUGCCCGUGCAAAAAACAAAUCGGCCGAUGAGUCCUCUUUGACGAACUUUAUCGAUCAGUUGCGUUUUGCAAAGUCGACACAAUCUGUGUCAGCUCGUCUAAUCCUUCGUGUGGCUCAGGCCACCACCCAUCUAACCUUAGAAACCUCAGCGACUGAUUGUGUUCUGGCAAGGGCGGCUUGGGCAUGGGAGGCUGGUCUUAAGGCGCUGGUGGAGAAUUCGGAAUUAACUAAUCUCAUCUACCCUUCCCUGAGUGUACGAGAAAGGUACUCUGACGAGGGUAUUCUUUUUCCGCCUGAGCUUAAUUCCGAUUGGUGGUACGGUACUAAUGUGGAAAAUCUCGUUACUGUGGCCUCGAAAGAUCAAGCAUGGUUCUUUCUCGGUUGGCGUUGGCUUGCUUCAUACUGGCUGAAGCAUCCACUACCCAAGCCGGAGGUAUUGAUGAGACAUCUGCAAUAUCUGAGGGAUGGAGCUCUUCCUAUAGAUGCGGAAUGCGCACUUUUAGCCGCAGAAUUGGUCGAAAAUGCGGUUGCUCUGAGCAAAACUUCACAUCUCAUAAGACCUCUCGGUAAUCUUGCUUUGAAUCUUCUGAGCGCCGCGCUUACGUCUGUUCAAAGGAUCCCACUUAUUGAUGAAUCCAUGACCAGGCCAGCAAGGAAUCUUUCUGAUGCUAUCGAGUCAUUGCAGAAGGCUUUGGAGUCGCUUAAUGAUUCUGGUGAGCAGUUCUUCUCGUCCGCUCGCUGUGCUUCCGGCUUCGAUUCUCUUCAUUACAUCUUUUCUACCCAAGUUUUAGUCUAUUGUGUUCCAGAUUCUCCAGAGCUUGCCCGCUCCGGUGACGUUAAGCCAACUGAUCCAGCAGAAACGAAAAUCAUGCCUUUUGGAUACGGCGCCUACGCUAAUAGAGGCCGUAACUCGGUGCUUGGUUCUUUUCGGUCCCCUGGGCUUACCAGUUCUCCUGCUGCCGUGAACACUACUACUACUGCUCCUGACCCUUCGGCUUCCGAUUUACAGACGAAACUUCUGUCUCAAGUCGUGGAACAGUGGAUGCCGUCAUUCAUGGAGUUUUCGCGCAUUAUGUCAGAGACAUCUGCAGAAUUGGUGAAGAGUCGGUUGCAGAACGAGGAGUUAUCACGUCUAUUAAAGGAAACUCGAAAUAAGCUGGAUGAAGUUAUUGGGGAACAGCAAAAGCGACAGCAGUGCACUCCAGUUCCAGUCCUACAGUCUGCUCCACCGACCCAGCUUGCACCCCCUUUGGAGGAUUGGCGGGCAUUGCAAGAGUCUCUACGCGAAGUAACUUCCAUUCUGAGGGACUUUCGUCAAUGGCUGCCCACAGCAGUCCCUCCCUUUGCUCCACCCCCUCCUUUCCCUCACCCACCCCAUAUACCACCAGCGCAACCAUCCGCCAUGCUUCGGCCCGGUGACAUUUUCUCGUUGGACCAACAGCAAAAGGCUCAUUUGGCGCUUUCUCAACUUGCAGCCCUUCAGCAACAACAGCAGCCAAUGCCACGGACAACGGGAGGGUCGUGCUUUUUGCUUCCUCCUUCUUAUCCUCCACCAACAAUACCGCCUCAAGUGGCCUCUGUGGACUUUCGCGUUCCCUCUGUGGCGACUUGUCUUUUUCCUGCUGGCAAUAACACGCCUGGUGCCUUGACUGCGACUCUAACCUCUUCUGUUGACCUACCAAAAGCCGCUUCGACAAUAACUAUGGCAACUGCACCAAUACAACCCACCAAACCACUCCUGACUUCUUCCACCACUUCUGGUGUUGUUUCAGCUACGGAACUAUCAAAAACCACACCAUUAUCUUCUGAUCCAAAACAGGUAAUCGCAUUCUAUUCCUUGCCAAAGGUUACCUUUGAAUUUUGCUGA